AUGGCUGAAUCAAUGAGUGAUGAAGAUUCAGAUUUCAAUUUAUUUGAUUCAUCUGAAGAAACAAUAACUUCAUCACAAAUAGUUAUUGAUGAAACAAAUAAUAUUACUAUUGAUCAAAAUAUUGUAAAUAUGACUGCAGAAGAUGUAAAUAUUUUUCCUUCAUUAUCUCCUAUUAAUGAAGAUGAAAUAUCUAUUCAACCGGGCAAUUCUCAACCAUCACAGAUCGUCAACAGCCCUUUUGUAACAAAUGAUUUUGUAUUUAAUGGUCAACCACUAGAAUUAGAUAGACAUUGUGAUGAACCUGCUGUGAUAAUCCAAUAUGCUCCUAGUCCAAUUCAUUUAAAUACUGUUGGUUUUGAAAUAGAAUUGUCUUCAAUAAUUCAUAAUGUUACUGAUUAUAAUCAUAUCCCGUAUAAUAUGAUUAUGAAUCAUGAGCGUGAAACAGUGGCUGAACCUGUUCAACACGAAAAUUAUGAAAUUCAAAUAAUCAAUACAGAAAGUAUACCCAUUGAAACAGCAGAAAGCCCAGCUCACGUUGUACCUAUAGAUAAUGAAAUUCAUGUCUUUCCUAUUGAACAUAUUGAUAUUACUGGUCCAACUCAAGGUCAUAAUGUAAUUGAAGUAUCUCAAAUACAAUCGACUGUCAUUGUAUCUCCUGUUACAAUUGAUUCUACACAAGGUGAUAAUGCAGCAGAAGAAGUACAUCAGAUACAAAUAAUGUCAAAUACAAAUGUUCUUAACAGCAAUGGACAGAUUAAUCAACCAGAGAAUGAUCCACCUAUUACACUUAUUCCACCAGUGACUACACCAUCUUUGGAAGUUGCUGAUCCAAAUUCAACAGUUGCUUCUGUUGUUGAUAAUACUAAUGAAACAAUUAAUUUUUGUGCUCAAAUUCAAACACCAAUGUUAUUACCACGAACUAAUAAAAGGUCAAAUUCAUCGGAUGCAAUUGAUCAACUUAAAAAGACAUGUAUUCCUAGACGUGUAAAACGACAUCGAAGAUCAAUGUCAUAA